GUUGGACCAUCCAGUAGAUCUUCCAUCUCAUGAACUUCCUCGUCAACGCUCUACGCGCCCUCGUCUUUGGAUUUCACACCCAAGUCUUCCUCCUCCAUCCCAAGGUGUUGAUUUUGGUGCUCUUGGACCUUCCUGGCAUCCUGUUUUUCUCUACUUAUACACUUCUGGUCCUUUUCUGGGCUGAGAUUUAUCGUCAGGCAAGGAGUUUGUCCACUGAUAAUUUCAGGCUUGUUUAUAUCUCUAUCAAUGCUGCCGUCUAUUUCAUCCAGGUUUGUAUUUGGCUGUACCUCUGGAUAGAUCACAAUAGUGUUAUUGAGCUCGUUGGAAAUAUAUUCAUUGCAGCUGUGUCAUUUAUGGCUGCAUUAGGGUUCCUUAUAUAUGGAGGAAGGUGAGACUUUUGCAUUUGAUUCAAUUUAAUACUCGAUCCACACUAUACAGGCACAGAUGAUCUGAAAAAGAUCGUUAAUGGUGGAUGGUGUGGGUGGAAGAAAGCUGUUGAUAGCAAGGGAAAAAAUUACUGUUUGAUAGGAUCAUUUUCAUGGAGGGUAACAGUUCCUAGUUUGUACCAAUUUUCUUGCAAUGGAAUGGUAGUUUUUCAUGGUUGGAAUUUGAUCCUUCAAUUAUAAUAAUUAAUUUUUGUAAUAAUGAUUCUUUUAAAAUUUUGUAGUUUAAUAUAUUAGUGCUUUCGUUAAGAAUUAA